AUGCCGGGGAAUCGCGUCUCGCCCGAAUUUCGCCGAAUUUGGGCCGACGGAGGUCUUAACCGACCUGCCGAGGACACCAAGAGGACCAGGGACCAUCGCCGCGCGCCCAAGAUUGAUGCUCUAAUUGAAGACAACAUUCAGAGAAGGCUGCAAACGAUACUCCAAAGAACAAGUUUGCACGACGAGGCGAAUCACGGCGGCGAGCAUCAUCAUCAUUCGCAUCACUCCUCCUGGGCUUACACUUUGGGAGCUUUAAAAUUUCAUCAGGCAACUUCUUCUUCUUCUUCCACGUCGGCGGUGGCGCGGAGUAAUCACGUACCUAUCGGCCCAGUCAAGGAACCCGCCCAGCAGCACCAGCAGCACCAGCAGCCCAAGGAUGUUUUCCUCUCGGAAAACAGCACCGUGGUGCUCGCCCAGACCGGCAGCACUCCCAUAAUGCACUGCGAAGUCGGCGAUAUCGGCGAGGGCAUGGUUUCGUGGAUCAGACGCAAGGACUAUCAUUUGCUGACCGUCGGCCUCGCCACUUACAGCAGCGAUGACCGCUUCUUCACGGCUCACGUGCGUCAUGCGCAGGACUGGGCUCUCCACGUAAAAUAUGCGCAAGAACAAGACGCCGGUCUUUACGAAUGCCAAGUCUCCACCCACCCGCCGACAAGUUUGUUUGUCGAGUUGGAGCUCGUCGAGGCCAAAGCCGAGAUUUUAGGAGCGCCGGACAAGUUUGUGAAGAGCGGGUCGGCGCUGCGGCUGACUUGUGUGCUGAGGAAAAGCACCGAGCCCCCGGUCUACGUUUUCUGGUACCACAACGACCGAAUGGUCAAUUACGACGCGGCCAUGGGGGUGGUGGUGCGCCACGGCAGGUACAGUUCCGAGCUGGAAAUCACCACCGCCAAACCUGAGCACUCGGGCAACUUCAGCUGCGUCCCUUCCAACACCAGGCCUGCAUCAAUACACGUGCACAUCCUCAAUGGUGAGAAACCAGCGGCCAUGCAGCACGGCAGCAAAAGUUCGGCCCCAAGUUGGAGAUCCCAAGUCAUAUCUCUUGUGCUCUUGACAUUUUACUACCUGAUGAGGUGACGUGGACUGUGAGCACCUCUUUUGUUGCUGUGAUGCGUGACUCGAGUGAAAACAAACCCUCAAAGGUGUUGCAUAAUAAUUGUGAUAAAUGUAUUCAAGCGCGCAAAACAAGAAGAAGUGCAUCGGCUGCAGUUAAUUUCAACAAAGACCUGCGUUCGUCUCUCACAAAAAUAUCCCCGUUUAUCAAGUUUGCAAAGAAAGACUGACUCGACGACGAAAUCUUAAAAUUAAUAUAAUAACUCAAAAAAUCAAUUAUACAAUCCGGUUUUAACUCGACAAAUGCGAUCAUUUUCUCAGUGGGUGUUUCAAUUCAAUAUCAAAGAAGGAGACACAAAAGCUGUCACCAAACUAACUGUGCAAUGUUAUAA